CGUCAAGUAUACCACGAACACGUCUCACCGUUGUGGUGGAAGACACGUGAGUAGCGUGGCGUGGCUGACCAGAAGUAUCGAUUUGUGAAGGCGAGACAAUUUUGGCAGACUUCACGUUUCGCCUAUUCGAAGACUCAAGAGCGAUCAUGAACAAUCAAGAACAACGGCAGAAUGAAGACCACUACAUCGUGUCCGUCCUCCCUAAAUCAGGCCCGAUGCUCUCUACCUGCGCCCGAAAAUAUCGAGAUCUGCGCAUACACGGAAUGGAAGAAUCCCACGGAGCUGUAGCCGGAUCCUACGAAGUUGAAAAGAAUCUUCCAAUUUCGCACUAUGAGCAUCUUCUAAAUCAACCUGGACGAUAUGUGUUCGCAAUUGUUCAUGAUCCUCAACAGAUAUACAACAACACGAACGAAGCCCUCGAGCGAGGCGAGUGGAUCAGUCUCUAUCAUUUACGCGGGCCUAUACCUCUUACGGAUUGGACUUGGCCUAAUGUGGGAGGUCUGCGUUCCGACGACGAAGAAACUCGAUGGCAUAUAUUCAGUUUCUACGUAAAACAUGAGCAUCGAAAAGGCGGCACAUUGACAAAAACGAUGCAUUCUGUUCGUACGAAAUUCUGCACUGAUUAUACGCGACGAUUACUUGGUGCGAAGGCGAAGAGGGAUCGCAGGAAAGUUCUAUUCAUGAGACAGAGAUGUUCUCUUGCGAAUCACAAUCGGUCUGUGGAGAAGUUGUACCGGAAAUUUGAUUGGCAUGUCGCUGGGUUUGUCACGAUGGAGGAGGGCCAGAAGAGUUGUGAGAAUGGGUAUGAGCCGCAGUGGAAGGAAGAAGAUCAUGCCGAGUGUGCGGUUAUGGAGCAUUUGAGUGAGAUUGAUGUGGAAGGAGGUCAAGAAGUACGUGGCGUACAAGCAAGACUGUAG